AUGGUGUUUGUGAUCCAAGAGAUUAACAUUGUGUUAAUUGCAGUCCAAUCGGACUUUGUACAAGGAGGCUUUGGUUCAGUGAUAGUGCCGUCCAAGAACUCAAAUUUACGUCGUGCCUCCAACGCCGUGCUUUGUGUGCUCUUGGAUCGUGGGGUUAAUCCAGACAUCUUGAAUCGCCACAAACAGCUCAUAACUUUUGUUCUCUUUUCUUUUCCCGUUAGCAGUCCAGGAAUCAUGCUGCUAAUAUUUACCAAAGCUAGUGGCCAUGUUCCUUUAAAGAUUUUCUCUAUUGAGGAUGGUACUGUUCUGAAAUCUUUCAACCAUCUGCUUCACCGAAACAAGAAGGUGGAUUUUAUUGAACAGUUCAAUGAAAAGCUUCUUGUCAAACAAGAGAAUGAAAAUCUUCAGAUUCUUGAUGUCCGCAAUUCUGAGUUGACAAAAGUAAGCAGAGCCGAAUUCAUGACCCCAUUAGCAUUCAUAUUUCUGUACGAGAAUCAGCUAUUCUUGACUUUCAGAAAUAGAACAGUAGCUAUUUGGAACUUCCGUGGAGAGCUUGUGACUUCAUUUGAGGAUCACCUAUUAUGGCACCCUGACUGCAAUACAAACAACAUUUAUAUUACUAGUGAUCAGGACCUUAUUAUUUCCUAUUGCAAAGCUGAUUCUGAUGAUCCCUUAUCAGAAGCAACUGCAAGAUCGAUCAAUAUCAGCAACAUUUUGACAGGCAAAUGCCUUGCUAAAAUAAAAGCAAUUGACAGCCGUGCCUCAGAUGAUUGUAGCUGCAGUAGCAGUUGCAAUGAGCAUGGUGGCAUAAAUUGCAAUGCUAAGAAGCGUAUCCAAGCUUCCAGAAUUAGGAGCAUGGUUGCAGAUAGAUGUUCCUGA